GAGCUGCAGAAGCAAAUGGAGCUCCUGGGAGCAGCCACUGUUGUCCUCCUGGUUUGCAUCGCUUGCCUGCUCUCAUUCGCAGCAUGGAGAAAGAGGUCUGGAAAGGGGAAGAUGCCUCCAGGACCAGCUCCCCUUCCCAUCCUAGGUAAUGUGCUGCAGGUGAAACCAAAGAACUUAGCCAAAACCCUCCAGAAGCUCAGUGAAGAGUAUGGACCAGUGUUCACAGUGCAUGUGGGCUCUGACCCAGUCGUGGUGCUGAACGGACAUGAUGUGGUGAAAGAAGCCUUGAUUGAUCGCGCAGACGAGUUUGCUGCCAGAGGACACAUGCCUAUAGGAGACAGGGCUAACAAUGGAUUAGGGAUUAUUUUUAGCAACAACAAGGAGUGGUUACAAGUCCGGCGGUUCACUCUCAGCACCCUGCGCAACUUUGGAAUGGGGAAGAGGAGCAUUGAAGAAAGGAUCCAGGAGGAAACUGAGUAUUUGCUGGAAGAGAUCAACAAAACAAAGGGAACACCUUUUGACCCAACCUUCAUGCUGAGCUGUGCUAUCUCCAAUGUCAUAUGCUCCAUUGUCUUUGGGAAACGAUACGACUAUAAAGACAAGAAGUUCCUGGCCCUGAUGAACAACAUGAACAACAUCUUUGAGAUGAUGAACUCCCACUGGGGACAGCUCUACCAGAUGUUCUCAAAGAUCCUGGAUUACUUGCCUGGUCCACACAACAAAAUAUUCACAGAAAUUGAUGCUCUAAAAGCCUUUGUGUCAGAGGAGGUGAAGAUACACCAAGCUUCCCUAGAUCCCAGCUCUCCUCAGGAUUUCAUUGACUGCUUCCUCAGCAAAAUGCAGGAGGAGAAAGAGCAUCCCAAUUCCAGUUUCCACAUGAAGAACCUGGUAACCAGCACCUUUGACUUGUUCAUUGCCGGAACUGAGACAACUAGCACCACUGUAAGAUAUGGGCUUCUGCUUCUACUCAAAUACCCGAAGAUACAAGAGCAAGUUCAAGAAGAGAUCGACCGGGUAGUAGGACGAUCACGAAGACCUUGUGUAGCUGACCGGCCCCAGAUGCCCUACACAGAUGCAGUGGUCCAUGAAAUCCAGCGCUUCAUCUCCCUCAUCCCCUUGGCUCUCCCUCACACUGUGACCAAAGACACCUGCUUCAGAGAGUACGUCAUUCCCAAGGGCACCACAAUAUUUCCCAUCCUCAGUUCUGUCCUCCAUGACAGUAAAGAGUUUCCAAACCCAAAUGAGUUCAACCCUGGACAUUUCUUGAAUGAGAAUGGCACCUUUAGGAAGAGCGAGUUCUUCAUGCCCUUCUCAGCAGGGAAGCGAAUAUGCCCUGGAGAGGGCCUGGCACGCAUGGAGAUAUUCUUACUCAUGGCAACCAUCUUGCAGAACUUUACCUUGAAGCCUGUCGUUGACCCCCAGGAACUCGACAUAACCCCGACAUUGAGCGGGACAGGCAAUGUACCUCCUGUCUACCAGCUCUGUGCCCUCCCCCGCUGAGAAGCACAGAACCACUCUCCACAGUGUCCUGAGCCUGGCUACUCCUUUACAUCUCCCUUACUAAAACCAAUGGCAGGAGCAUGGGCCCGCCUUUCCAA